AUGGUGGUGGUGGCCAUGGAGGAGGAGGAGGCUGUUGUGGUGGCCGUGGAGGUGGUGGUGGAUCAUCUCAACAAAGCCAGAGGAGUGGAGGAAGCUGCCAUAGUGGUGGCAGUGGUGGUGGUGGAGGUGGUGGAGGAUGUUGUGGUGGCCGUGGAGGUGGAUCUUCUCAAAGCAGAAGCAGCAGCGGAGGAGGAUGCUGUGGUGGCAGGAGCAGCGGUCAAAGUAGCGGUGGAAGCAGUGGUGGAAGCAGCGGCGGAUGUUGCGGUGGUGGCGGCGGUGGAAGUUCUCAGCAGAAGAUGA